AUGAACGCUCAGAAUGUGGAUGCGCCUUCAGCCUAUUUCCUGGCCGAAGUCAGCAACGAAAUCGAAACCCAUACCCUGUCGCUUCUUGUCGACAACGAACCGGGCGUCCUUGCCCGUGUGAUCGGUCUGUUUUCCGGACGCGGCUACAAUAUCGACAGCCUGACCGUGUCUGAAACAGAACACGAGAAACACCUGUCCCGCAUCACGAUCGUGACCACGGGUACGCCGAUGAUCAUCGAGCAGAUCCGCCAUCAGCUCGACCGCCUCGUCCCCGUCCACAGGGUAACGGACCUCACUGUCCGCGCACGCCGCGCCAACCAGGACAAGCCGCUGGAACGGGAACUCGCGCUCAUCAAGGUGGCCGGUGAUGGCGACAAGCGCCUGGAAGCUCUCCGCCUCGGCGAUGCCUUCCGCGCGACCGUCAUCGAUGCGACCACAGAUCAUUUCGUCUUUGAGAUCACCGGCCGCACCUCCAAGAUCGAACAGUUCAUCGCCAUCAUGAAACCGCUCGGGCUGGUGGAAGUUUCCAGAACCGGCGUUGCUGCGGUCCAGCGUGGUCCUGAGGGGCUUUAG